AUGACAGCAUACACAGCUACCCCCCUCUACGGUGGCGCAAUCGUCUGCGAGCUCCCCAGCAAUUUUGACGACGUGAGCAAGAUACGACAAGUCCCUGACAACCAGGAGGUCUGGAUCGACCAGGAUGGCUUCACCAGUAUAAUCUUCGACAUCACCGAGCGCGUCGGCGAGUCCGGCUCCGGACCGGAGAUUGACGGCCGCGCCAUAACGCACCACCUCGAGGAUCUCGUGGGCGACAAUACCGAGGGCCUUAAGAUUUGGAACACUGCUGAGACUGAGUUCUCGCGCCUCACGUCUGGCACUCCGGCAUACACCCUUAUUGCGACACAGACUCCCCAAUCAAAGGACUCAGCUUCUUCCCCCGACUUUACAGCCCUCAUCAUGACGCUCCUCCGCCUCGAAAAGCAAAAGACCGACAUACUCAUCACCGUAAACGUGCCCCAUAUCAAGGGCCAGUACAACGAGGACGACGUCGACCUCGAGCUCGGCAAGCAGGGUAAACUGAUUGGCGACGCCGUCGACUUCUCGGCGCGCAUCUGGGAGACGUUCAAUAUCAAGGACUGGGGACUCUUUGGGGAAGACCACUGA